AUGUAUCUGAAAGUUGCCCAACGGCUGAUAACGCUAACUAAAGCAACCGGUUCCUCUCAAUACAGAAGUCUUUACUCUGCGUCGGCACUUGGUAUUGAUGGAUAUGAAUCAUACCGUGAAAAAACCCGCGUCCAACACAUGCACAAUGUGGACAAUUUCAAACGUAAAAUGCGCGAGUUCGUCUCCGGUUCUAACACGAAUAUGAUCUUCACGGAGGAUCUGAAAAACAUCAUCCACUUAGUUGACAAUAACCCAGAGGAUAAAAAACUUUUGAAGGAUACCAUCGAGCGGUACAAUCAGCAGGGAAAGGAGCUUCGAUUCGGCAACUACGUGUUUGGUCCGGUCAUAAUGCGCGCCUGCCAUCAUCUAGGGGAUCCCGAUUUAGCGCUAGAACUAUUUAAAGAAACCAGUUCGGAUGGAUUUUUCGAUCAACUGUCCAGUUACCAGAUCCUGGCAGACAUGCUAUACGAAAACGGCCGCUAUCAGGAGGUUCGCGAGCUGUUCGACUCCAUCAAAAGUCGCCAAAUACAGGGCGGUCGCUUUCCGAAGCACAGCAUUACUCUCACAUUUGCGGCUUGCUACAAGGAAAACACUCCCACCUCCUUCCAGUACGCGAUGGAUCUUUGGAAAGAACUGAACUCCGUUGGUCACAUUCCGAUGCGGAAAGCGACCGCUUUCGCUGCGGCACUUGCACUAAAUAAAAGCAAGCCAGAGAUUGCCAUUGAGAUUAUCGGCACGGUAACGAAAGGUAACUACGUUACCAUUCGACAAUUGAAGGCGUUAGCUCUGUGCACCUUGAAUCGGUUGGACGAUGUGGUGCCUAUUUUUCGCGCUGUGCUCGAGGUUCGGGGUCCUUUCGAGAAGCAGCAAACGUUCUGUCGCGAGGUGAUCCAGCGAGUUCAAGAGUCCGUCAAGCAGGCGAAAGAAGGGAAUGUAUCUGCAACACUGCAGGAUCUUCAACGAAUGAUAGAGUUCCUUGAAACCAAUGGACAAAUAGUGGAAGAGACACUAGAUAGCAUGCUUUGCAGCGAAAUCAUUUCUACGGCGCAACGGAGCGAUGGCAAGAGUAACCUAGCCGACAGCUACAAUACGCGGGGUGGCAAACAGCAACAGCAGCGGAAUUUUCGUCCAACGAAAAACUUUCGUCAACUCAGGCCGGGUCUUACGGACAUGAAUUAAAUAAAGGCCCACAGAGCA